CUGGGCGACAGAACCGCAGGCCAGGCGCAAGCAUUAUGGCCUCCUUUUGCUCAGCCCCGAGCAUGGAAGGGAUGCUGGUGGCGAAGCUCUGUCCUCUCUUUUUGCAGGGUUGCUUUCUUCCCUCUGCACAUCGGAGAUCAUGUCUUCAUCGAGGAGGACUGUGUUGUCAAUGCGGCUCAGAUCGGCUCCUAUGUCCACAUUGGCAAGAACUGUGUCAUUGGUCGCAGGUGUGUCCUGAAAGACUGUUGCAGAAUCCUUGACAACACAGUGUUGCCCCCAGAAACAGUGGUCCCACCUUUCACUGUCUUCUCUGGCUGCCCAGGGCUCUUCUCAGGUGAGCUCCCGGAGUGCACUCAGGAGCUGAUGAUUGAUGUCACCAAGAGCUACUACCAGAAAUUCCUGCCCCUCACCCAGAUCUGAGGUGCUCCUCCUCUGAGGGUGGGCUCAGGACUGGCAUGGCCUAUGGGAGCCCUGCAGGCAGCUGGCUCCAGACCUGACCAGCAGGCCUGCCGAAAGCUUCCCAGUCAGGCUGCCUUCCUCUUUGGUGACUUCCUCCAUCCCAGAUGGACCAGGCCCAUGCCGGAAGCUUGCUGGUUGGAGUAGGCCUGCUGGCUAACCUUGAUCUGGCUCCCCGCAGAUGUGCUCCAUGAUGGUUUAACUCUAAAUCCACUUUGCUCUGUAGAGCAGGAGAGUGAAGCACUCGGUGCUCUGUGGGGUGGGGGGGGGUUGCAUAGAACGUUGCUGCUGUUGUUUUCUCUGGUCCUUCCCGCUGUAUCACAAUCCUACCUUGAAGUGGUCCUGAGCUCCCUUCUGACCGCCUUUCAUUUUGUCUGGGGCCACCUAAGAGCUUUGUCAGAUGCUGUCAAACUGUCUCUUUGGGCACCGGUCAUGGAAGUGGCUCCUUUAGGCCAAGUGGCUCCAGCCUAGUUCCUGACCUCUGCUUUGCGGGCUGUUAAUCCAGAUCUGACCCUUUCCUCCUCCCGACUGUUUGGAGGGAAGGAGCUCAGGGAUGACCUGAGGCUGGCAGGGCCAGAUAACACCCCUCUCCAAAGGGCAGCAGCUGUGCCUUCCUAUUGAUGGUCAUUUUGGAGAAGCUGGGCAAGAGGAAAGGACCGUGUGGGUCAUGGGGGUGGGGAAGUUGAGGAGAGAAGCUCCUGAAUGAAGCUGCCUGGUAGGGCAGAAGCUGCUAAUGUUGGAUGCAAGCAGUCUCUGGAGAAGCUGCAGCUCCUUGUCUCGCCCACUCUGAGCUCUUCCCAAUGUUUUGCUUUGCUUUUUUCCCCCCAUCCAUAGGUAAAACCAUCGGUCACCUGGUUUUAUUGUACUUGUUCUUUGUGUUCUCAUGCUACUACUUUCUGCAUGUUAGAUUCCAGCUUAAGUCUUUCCAGGCUCUGUGUGUGGGUGCACACAUGUUCAUGUUUCUGUAUUAUUGGCCUGUGAAGCUCCACUGUGUAUUUUAACACAUUGUAGGAAUCCUUGCUAACUGCACAAUUGCUCUCUGGUUUGUUGGCAUUUACCUAUAUGUAUAUUAAAGUCUGAACUGCCCAAGCA